AUGAAGCCUAUAGUGUAUGCAUAUCUUUUACUCGUUUGCUUUACUGCCAGUAUUUUCUGUGGAAAUUACACAUAUUAUGGAGGUUUUGCAUAUAAUACCAAUACUGGAACAGUAACAAAUCAAACAAUGAGCACCUGUGUCUGUCAAUGUUUAUUAACAAGUGGAUGUUCUGGAUUCACUUUUUUCAAUUCAAGUCGUACAUGUGCCCUUCUUGCAGACCUAAAUAUCACUGAAGAUGAAGUUAAUUUAAAUACCGAUGCAACAUUAUUACUCGUCUCUGCUAAUCUUGUUUAUUCUUAA